ACGUCGAUGGCAGACGCCUCGUUUGAGGGCGUGUACAACUUUCGAGACGUCGGUGCAGCGAUAAACGCUCUCAAUACCGCCCCAAUUCUUCAAGAAAAGAUGAUCUACCGCUCUGGCCGAUUGGAUGGGGCAACCGAAGGUGACCGCCGCAAACUGGUAGAGCAAUACAAUCUCCAGACUGUGGUUGAUCUCCGCACCAAGAGCGAGCAUAUCAGGCAGGGCACCGAUAAGCUCGCUUUGCGUCCAUGGAAGACCGUGUUUAUCAACUUUGUCAGUCACGAAUUCGAGAUUAAUCUGUUGCGCCAGCUCAGAUGGUGGCAAAUAAUUCAAUUUGUUUUGCUCAUGUUGCUCCGCUUCCGCAUCUCGGCUAUUCGGAUUUUGGGACAGAACGUGCUCAAACGCAAGGGGUUGAUUGGUUUGAGCAGGGACUCAUUGAGAUUUUGCCAGGCUGAAAUACUUGCGGCGUUAAACGUUUUUAUAUUGCCAAUGCACACUUGCCCAGUCCUUGUCCAUUGCACCCAAGGCAAAGACAGGUCUGGGCUAGUGAUCAUGCUUGUCCUGUUUGUGCUCAGUGUGCCUUUGCAACACAUCAAGGCUGAAUACUCAAUGUCGGAACUGGGACUUGCGCCAGUUCGCAAAUCUCUGAUUGGGGAAGUCGAAGAGAUCGGGAUGGACGAAGCUUACACACGCGCUCCAGAAGAGGUGGUACAAGCUGUGUGGGACUGCCUAGAGACAGAAUAUGGCGGGGUUGACCGGUACUUGGAUUUACUUGGCUUCCACGAGGAGAAGCGACGAACUCUGAGGAAAAUUUUGCUUGUAUGA